AUGGCUCAGCGCCAUGUCGCUUCGCAGCCCUAUCCCUGGCCAUUUGAUGGAGAUCUUCGUCCAGAGAAUACCGCCUUGCUGGCCAUUGAUAUGCAGACAGAUUUCUGUGGCAAAGGGGGCUAUGUGGACAGCAUGGGGUACGACAUCUCGAUGACAAGAGCACCCAUUGAGCCAUUGCGCUUGGUGUUCGAAUCUUUCCGGAAGCAGGGGUUUCACAUCAUCCACACACGAGAAGGCCACAAACCAUCAUUAGCAGACUGCCCAGCUAACAAGCGCUGGCGGUCACGGCAGAUUGGUGCAGGAAUCGGAGACCCGGGGCCCUGUGGUCGUGUGCUGGUGCGUGGCGAACCUGGAUGGAAUCUGAUUCCUGAGUUGCAGCCGACUGAAGCUGAGGAAGUCAUUGACAAGCCGGGCAAAGGCUCUUUUGUGGCAACAGAUUUGGAUUUGAUCCUCAAACAGAAGCAUGUCAAGAACCUGAUUCUUACUGGAAUCACCACAGACGUUUGCGUCGGCACUACCAUGAGGGAAGCCAACGAUCUCGGCUAUGAGUGCUUGCUAUUGUCAGACUGCACCGCAGCGACGGACUAUGGGAAUUACAUGGCCACCUUGAAGACAAUGCAACAAGCUGGAGGAGUCUUUGGUUGUGUGGCAGCCGCUGCUGACUUGCUCAAAGCCAUUGGCGAAAAGGUGCCAUUUGCCAUCGAAGAGUCCCUGAGCGACGUCGACCUUGGAGACGGACUUCGUGUCAAGAUGCCCAAAGCCCGAGACCAAUGGAUGCCAACAUCGCUGGCCGAGACCAUGGUCGCCCCGCAGAUGGGCACGAAGAAGGGCUUCGUCCAGGCAGAUCCAUACUUGUGGCCAUUCGAUGGCCAGCUGAGAAAGGAAAAUACUGCUUUGCUAUCAAUCAACUUCCAGAAGAGUGUCUUUGACCCUGAGGGCGACUUUGCCAAAUCUAACAUGCAGGAGGUGCUCCAGAAGUCUGCAGAAGUGCUACAGAUGAUGAGAUUCAAAGGAUUUCCAGUGCUACAUAUCCGAACGGGUCAGGCAAAAGAUCUCUCCGAUACUUCCAGGCGGGCGGCAUGGCGGCAUGUGUCUCAGACACCUCGAAGACCUGGCCCCUUGGGGCGCUUGGUGCGAGGUGAUCCAGGCUGGGACUUUGUACCAUUAAUGGCAGCUCUGCCAAAAGAAGCUGUGGUCGAGAAGCCAACGAUUGGGGCCUUCAGUUUCACUUCGCUGGAACUUCACCUGCAGUCUCUCGAUGUGAGAAAUCUGGUGAUCAUCGGGCUUCCAACCGAUGUUUGUGUUCACACAACCAUGCGGCAAGCCAAUGAUCGUGGAUAUGAAUGCAUACUCUUAUCCGACUGCACCGCUGCUGCUUUUUCAGAGACAUAUUAUUCAGCCUUGAAACAGAUCAAAAUGCAACAUGGAGUGUUUGGUGCAGUGGCCGACAGCACGGCUUUGCUGGAGGUACUUGGAGAAUACGGGCUUUCACAUGAAGCUGCUCCAGACCGUCCUUCAGCUCCCUUGAAUCCAGGUGUGAACGUUGAGCCCGACAGCAAGCGUUUGAGGAGCGCGAAGUGA